AUGACUCAACAAUCCAAAAAAUCUCGCCCUCCAGUUCCAUCCAAAGAUUAUGAACAAAUGCAAGAAUUCUAUAAAGGUCAAGGUAAUCCUAGAUGGAAAGAUAUUAGUAGAAAAGAAGCACUACAGUG